AUAGUGUACUAUACAUCGCAACCACUAAGGGAACAAACUCUUCAGUACCUGCACUUCAGUGGUUAUGCGCACCUCCCCGUCCUUCCCCCAUCCAUCGUGGCUGCCUGUCAAGGCCAGGUCCACGCAUUCGACUCUCAGGAUCUCAUCGACGUCUACCUCCCAGACGGCCCUGAGCCUGCACUCUAUCGUUGCGAGCAGCAGCCGUGCCCAAACCGAACACCCCGAUCGAUCACAGAGGACUACCCGCGCUACAAAGCGAUCCGACGAGCGCAACACCCGCUCAGACCCCGAAGCACCCUCGCAUCUCGAUCAGCCUCACGGCACUCUCGCCCUGUCUCCCCUAGCUCCCGCCUCCCUCAAACUGUUGCCGAUCAAGUACGAGGAGAUCUCCCUCCAGACUCUGCGCCAGAGCCUGAGCCUGAGGAGGGUGAGAGUGAAGAAGGAGUCUCGGAGUCCGAGUCCGCAGAUUCUGCUUGGCCCACCUUGCCGACAGCGCUCGCCCCCGCGUCAGCAGUCCCUGACCGGAGGGUCACCACAGCCGCCUCCGCCCCCGCAACGUCCUCCGUCCCCCCCAAUGCCGAUAAUGUUGUCCCCCGCAGCCGCCCCCAACAAGGAGACUUUGAAGCUCCUCCUCCCACUCUGAUACGAUGGCAAAACCGUCAUCGAGUGCGACAGGUUUCUGUCGCAGCUGCGCAUCUACUGGUUGGUUAA